AUGCAGAGAGCUUGCUGCGAAUUUGAAACCGUAUUGAAUAAAACAUUGAAAUUGCACGUCUUCCUCGGAACGCAACCAAAGAAGAGGGUAUUGUUGGAAGUUGUUGACCUGAGAGUAGGUCAGCUGAAAAAGAAACCACACAGACUGGCUGUUUGUGCAGGUCCAGUCUGGUUGUAUGCAGAGUGGGCUAGUCUUCCAACUUUUUUUGAGAUGUGGAUUGCCAAUGGUGCAACAAAGUUUUAUUUUUAUGUCAACAGCAUUUCAAAAGAAGUAGAUGGAAUUUUUCGUAUUUACGAAAAUGAUCCAAAUAUCAGUGUAGAACGUGUGCAAUGGAAUCUGUUUCCUGUAGAAGCAGAUGUUUCAGACCAAGAAAACCCUAACAAUUUGAUAUAUAUUGGAGCACAAGUCUUCGUAUUUAAUGACUGCAUUGUCAGAGCAAGAGGGAACACUGAUUAUCUGGCAUUAUCAGAUCUUGAUGAUAAUUUUGUGGUAUUUGAUAACCGCACUUUGUUGUCGGUUCUGGACAGUCAGUUAAAAAAAGACAGAAAGAUUGGUUCUAUUAUGUUUCAAAGCACAUAUGCAAAACUAAAUGUAGUAGUUGUUCCUGAGAGAAUUUUAUCACAGCAUGUGCACGAAACGCUGAAAACGAUCAGACCGUUCAAAAAAGUUCUUAUGGAUCCGAAUAUCAGUCUGAUUUACCAUCUGAGGUAUAUUGAGCUACUGAAGCAAGAAUAUUUGCGCCUUGAAGGUGUUUUUAAUGCAAGCCAUUUGACUUUGAAACAGGCUCAUUGGAACAAUGUUGGUUUAAAGGUACCAGAUUUAAAAAACCAAAAAGAAUUUUGA